AUGAUGUCACCAGGAAGUGACACAUCACAUUCUAGCAUUUGGGCUGAAACUCUAUCACCCUCUGCCAGAGCCAACCUGAAAAGAGGCAUCCGACAGGCUAAGCUGGGCUACAGGCAGAGGAUUGAGGAUAAAUUCAACACGAAUGACAUGCAGCAGGUGUGGCAGGGGAUUCAGAAUAUCACCAAUUAUAAACCAACUCUUGCUGCGGUUGAUGGAGACCCUUCAUUGGCGGAGGAGCUUAAUCUCUUCUUUGCCCGUUUUGAUGUAGAGCCGAAGGGGACAGUCAUAUUACAACCAUCUGUCCAUGGUGGCCCCUCCCUCAGGGUAGAAGAGCAUGAGGUGAGGCGGGCCAUUUCAGCCGUUCAACUGGUAUCAUCAGGUCCAGGAACAUUGAGACCCGGAGAGAAUCUCAGUCUGGUCUGUAAAGUGACAGGCGUCUCCAUCACUGACAGCAGCUAUGCUUGGCACUGGACCCGCCAGCCUCCUGGGAAAGGUCUGGAGUGGGUCGGAAGAAUAUACCUUUAUGAUGGGAGCAAGUACAACGCCUCUUCUCUCCAAAGUCGUGCCACCAUCUCUGCAGACUCCUCCAAGAACCAGUUCUCCCUCCAGCUGACCCGCCUGACAGCUGCUGACUCUGCUGUGUAUUAUUGUGCCCGACAAGCACACUAUUGGGGGGGGGACAUAGUAGAUCUG